GAGGAGUAGCGUAUCGUAAUCAUCUUAGUAGGCUGUCUUUUCCUUCUGUUCUAGAAUUCUCACGACGAUCGACCGAGCUGCAUUCAAAUCCGAAGAGAGAAUCGAGGGUUGGAAGAAGAAAUCAGAAAGAAAGUAGCUCAGAACCGACCAUCAGGCGCGGAGAGCCGCGAGGAUUGGUAUGAAGUUCCAGUUGUAGGAGGCGGUCCGAAGAAAUAUAGGACUUUUGUUGGAAUCUAGGGUUCUUUAAGGAGGAGGAGGAGGAGGAGGAGAUGAAGGUGGUGGUGGGGAGCCCAGGCACUUGGAGCGGGCUGCUUCUGAGGAUCGGGCAGUGUGCCUUCGCUGGUGCUUCGAUUGGGGUCAUGGUCUCUGCUCUAGGGUUCUCCAACUUCACCGCUUUCUGCUAUUUGAUUUCUUCUAUGGGCCUACAAGCAUUAUGGAGCUUGGGACUUGCAUGUGUUGAUAUCUAUGCUUUAAAGAUUAAAAGAGAUCUGCAUAAUCCUAUGUUAUUAAGCUUGUUCGUGGUUGGUGACUGGGUAACAGCAGUUCUGUCACUUGCGGCGGCAUGCUCUUCAGCAGCUGUAACAGUUCUGUUUGCAAGAGAUUCAGACUUCUGCAGAAUGAUUCUCCAACUCUCAUGUGGCAAGUUCGAAAUCUCCAUUGCAUUGGCUUUUAUCACAUGGCUGCUAAUUGCCAUAUCUUCCGUAGUGAUGUUUUGGCUCCUGGCAUCAGUUUGACGGGUCUUGUAUGUAUCUUUCUUUUUGUGAUAUCCAUUACUGCUAAAAAAGAAAUGAAAUUCACCAUAAUUCAAGAAAAUGGUCCUUAGUUUUGAGCUGCAAGUCACUUCCCAAGUUGCCAGAACAUAUUUAUUGUGUGCUUGCCUGUACGAUAAAGUUCUAGUUCGUGUAAUGCUUUACAAUCCAACCUUGUCAGCAUUUUUCUGCAUCCACUGCAACAGAUAACGACAAUGCUGGCUAUGGAAGCAUCGAAAAAUAAGCUUCCUUUUUCGCCGUCCUUUCUUUCAUUUGUUCAUGUUUUCCUAUGUUACAGUAAGAAUAGCUUCUGAUUGAGAGGCUUAGGUGGAGUCCUAGAUAGUGUGGCAUUCUAUAGAAAGGCUGAUUUAGUUGCCUCCACACUGUGGUAUUAUGUAUCAUCAUAGCUCAUUUUGUAAGGUUUUUCAUGCACUCAGAAUGGAAAAACUGAAAGUGGGGGAGCUGAAAGAAGAGACUAUGAAAA